AUGACCACCAAGACUUUGGAAAGCCGCUUCGAACAUCUAUCGGUCAAGGACGAGAAUGUAUCAAACAACAGCUUUGGCACCUACGCGAAGAAUAAAGGCUCUCUGUCAACGGCCGUCUCCCUGUCAGGACUUGGGACCACGGCACCGUUGAACAAUAGCGCCAAUCGGUCGAAUUUGCUCAAGCUGGCUCUGCAGAAUACAAACGACAAUAAGGUCAAUUCGAUAAAUAUUAGUUCAUCUCCUACCAAGGGUACACUAUCGCAUCGCAACGUAGAUGAAAACGGUGACCAACGCCAAACAUCGCUUUACGACCAACCAGCACCGAAGAAGCUACAUCUGGGAAUGUUUGAAAUAGGAAAACCCUUAGGUAAGGGUAAAUUUGGUCGUGUCUAUUUAGCCAAGGAACGAUCAUCCGGCUUUGUGUGCGCUCUUAAGGUCUUGCACAAGUCUGAAUUGCAACAGGGUGGGGUGCAAAAGCAGGUCCGAAGGGAGAUUGAAAUCCAGAGCAACUUACGCCACCCGAAUGUUUUAAGACUCUAUGGUCACUUCCAAGACAGCAAGCGGAUUUUUCUGAUUCUUGAAUUUGCCGGCCGGGGAGAACUGUAUAAACACCUGAGAAAAGAGCAUCGAUUUCCAGAGUGGAAGGCUGCUCAGUAUAUUGCCCAGAUGGCCGCUGCUUUGAAAUAUCUGCAUAAGAAACAUGUCAUGCACCGUGACAUAAAACCGGAGAAUAUUCUCGUCGGGAUCCAUGGUGAAAUCAAGAUCAGCGAUUUUGGAUGGAGUGUCCACGCACCCAACAACAGGAGGCAAACAAUGUGCGGAACGCUUGAUUAUCUGCCACCCGAGAUGCUCAAGCCAGGCUCGCAGGACAAUUACUACAGUGAAAAGGUUGAUUUGUGGAGCUUAGGUGUGCUGACUUACGAGUUUUUGGUCGGAGAAGCUCCAUUUGAGGAUACUCCUGUCAUGACACAAAGACGGAUUGCACGAGCAGACAUGACAGUUCCUUCGUUUGUGAGCCCCGAGGCAAAAGACUUAAUCAAAAGAUUACUUGUUCUUGAUCCCGAAAAGCGUAUUUCGCUAGAUGAGAUCCAAAAACACCCUUGGAUACUCAAACAUUGUCUUAAAGACGACCGAGUUACGAAAAGAAGUUCUGGCUCCUCAAAGGAAGUUGAAACCGCAGCCAAACUUCGCCGGGAUGGCCACAAUGUUGUUCUUGUUUCCUCGGGCGCUGUUGGAGUGGGGUUACGGAGGAUGGAUGUCGAAGAAAGACCCGAGAGUUUGCCUCGCAUUCAGGCACUCGCGGCUGUUGGACAAUGUAGACUCAUGAGCCUCUGGGAUGGUUUAUUUUCGCACCUUCGCAUACCAGUAGCUCAGAUUCUCUUGACUAGGAACGACAUAGCAGAUAGAACGCAAUAUGUCAACGCCCAAAAUACCUUUUCACAGCUUUUUGAUAUGGGUGUGAUCCCUAUUGUCAAUGAAAACGAUACUAUAGCUGUUUCGGAAAUCAAAUUUGGUGAUAACGACACACUGUCGGCCAUAACAGCUGCAAUGGUCAAGGCCGACUACCUUUUUUUGAUGACGGAUGUUGACUGUCUUUAUACUGCUAAUCCACGCCACAACCCAAAUGCAAGGCCCAUCGAAGUUGUCUCAGAUAUAUCCUCGUUGGAGGCUGAUGUAUCCUCAGCUGGAUCGUCCCUUGGGACUGGGGGGAUGAGCACUAAAAUUGUCGCCGCAAAAUUAGGAACUAGUGCUGGCGUAACGACGAUUAUCACCAAGAGCUCGAAACCCGGAAACGUUCAUGAGAUUGUAAAAUAUCUCCAGCAGGUUAAGCAAGAAGAACAUGCACCCACAACAAUGAAUGAAGCAGUCACUGAAGUACCCCCUCUGCAUACACGCUUCCUUCCUUCUGAUCAUCCGGUUCAAUCCAGGACAUUCUGGCUGCUCCACGGUCUGAAGCCCCAUGGAGCCAUAUUCAUUGACUACGGCGCAUACAGUGCCCUCCAGAAGAAAGCCAGUCUCCUACCAGCUGGCGUUGUGGGUGUAGAUGGUCAUUUUGCGCAACAGGAAGCAGUACGUCUGGUUGUAGUACAGAGGCUCUCCCCUGAUUCAUUGAAUGGCGAUUUUCUCCACCCCGGCCAGGAGCCCAAAGAGGUUGGGCGUGCACUGGUCAACUACGGCAGCCUCGAAAUCGAGCGCAUCAAAGGGCACAGGAGUACUCAAAUUCAAACUUUGCUUGGAUACGCAGAUAGUGAAUAUGUCGCCCUUCGAGAAAAUAUCUCCUUCUUUCAACAGGAUGAUCCUCCAUGGCGGUAG